AGUGGGUAGGGGGGCUCGACGGACGGUUUUGAAAAUGACCCUAAAAGGUACGCAUAAAUUAACUGAGAUGCUGAUUUCAGACCCUAAAAGGUACGACCACAUUUAAAAUGACAACGUUUCCAACCAUUAUAUUCUUGUAUGACGUUUGAUAUUUUUCAAAACGAACAAAUAUGAGUCAGCCGGGAGUCAGCCGAAGACCCUAAAAGAACAAGUGUAUGGACCCCUCACCAUGUCAAAAUCAUGGAACGUGUUAYCCUGACUACGAUAAUGAUGAUUAUCAUUGCGUCUGUAAACCUGCUACUCGAGGCAGAAACUGCGAGGCAUUUUACAGUGAUUGUUCUGCACUUCUCGCUUCUGGCUGCACUACAGAUGGAAUCUAUAAAAUCAAUCCUGACGGACGCUUCUUCCAAGUCUACUGUGACAUGACCACCGAUGGCGGAGGGUGGACUGUGUUCCAAAAGCGCAACGACGGCUCGGUAAAUUUCUAUCGCGGUUGGCAAGACUACAAAACCGGUUUUGGUAGCCUGACUGGUGAGUUUUGGUUGGGCCUUCACAAGAUUCACCGACUGACCAAGAGACAAGUCACAAAAUUACGUGUUGAUCUUGUGGACUUGAUGAACCACACGAGUUAUGCCGAGUAUUCAUCGUUCUCUGUCGCUGACGGGAGUGAACUUUAUCGCUUGAAUGUAAGUGGAUAUUCUGGUACUGCUGGUGAUGCUCUCCAUUCCAAUAAUGAGAGGUUUAGCACAUUUGACAAAGAUAACGAUGGAUGGUCUACUGAUAGUUGCGCAGCCGAACGAAAAGGUGGUUGGUGGUAUGAAUGGUGUAGCGUUUCAGAUCUAAAUGGAAUGGCGGAAACCUUCUGGACCUAUAAACAGGCUUUUAAAAACACCGAGAUGAAACUGAAAUAGAGUAUGACGGAAUAGAAAAGUUUGACUUCACAUUAGCCGAACCUAAUGACAUCAAAGAGGACCGCCUUAUUAUUCAUUGUCAUUCAAUGCGUACGGCUCAUGUAAAGUGCGACGUUUGACUUGAGGCUAGGUAUACACUUCUAAGAAACUACAAUUUUUGCGUGAUCUUUAUAUUCGCGCUUUCCUGUCAAAAUAAUAAUGUGCCAAUUCUAUUCGAAAGAGACCAGUUUCGAAUCGCAAAUUACCGCUGUGUUUCUUGAUUACAGACUCAUUUGCACAGGGUUAGCCUCGAAUCAGUGUCUAAAUAUUCACGUAUACCAAUGGUAAGGUAAAGAAUGCACAACUUCAACAAUACACUUUGAAGCUCGACGGACCUGGAAUGGAACACGUGAAUAUUCUACACAAAAUCGAGGCUAACCCUAUGUAAAUGAGUCUGUAAUGGAGAAACACUGCGGUAAUUUGGAACUCGAAAGUGGUCUAUUAGGUGCUUCUUUUCCCCAACCAAGUUGCUGUCAUACUUUCCCUUGUGAUGUCAUUUUGCUCUUUAUAUUUACUUUGAGUUUAAGUAAAAAAAUUUCGUUUUCGUUUUCGAGAUCUUGAAUUUGAUCUGUUUGUCAUAUGAACAAAAUCAUCCAGAAGAACGUGUACAGAAAAAAAUGCACAGAGGCAAUGGCCAAGAGCGUCUUUAAGUCGAUACAUUCGGCUCAGAUUUUAUUUAAUUACUUACUGUAUUGUUGACCCAUAUGUCUCGACUUGAAACGAAAGGAAAUGCAGUGGUACGCUAAUAUCUGCUAUUGUUGCACUGACAGAAAGCAUAGGGGAUUUUAACACGUUUCAUAUC